AUGGCGUCGGCGGCCGGCAACAUAGACGUGUUUCAGCCGUCACGCUUUGAGUCACUGUAUGGAAUUAUACAUGCAGUGGCUACUACACCUGAUGCUGCUACGCCAAACUGGUAUUUGGACGUAGAGCGUCAGCGUGAUGCUUUGGCAACCUUGGGCCGAAUUCGGCCCAAGAAUGAUGCUGAGCGACGUGACAUGAACAAAGUAGGUGUCAUUGUGCUCGAUGGAAAAUCGCAGUCUGUGAAUGCCGACUUUGUUGCACAGACGUUGCUGCUUUCUGAUGAGUUGCACGUCUCGGAGAUCUAUGCAGCCUCGCUGCUCCAAGAAGGCAUCAUAGCAAGUGCACGCUGGGGCCGCACACCCACAGAAGUUGCAUGUCUGCUCUUCUAUCGCGAGCGUCUGGCGCUGCUAGCUUCACUUAAAGAGCUUGUGCGUGGCACGUAUACACAAACUGUGGGCGGCGAUCUUCGUACUGGCAUUCGCCUAGGCCGCAUGCUGGACGAACUCCUGCAAGGCGAUGUGCUAGUGCGCGAGAUGCUACACGAAAUGGAGCAGUUAGCUUCGGAGCGUGAGCGUGUCAAAGCAUCCAUGCAACGUCCUAGUGGCCAAACACGGCUCGGCGAUGAUAUCCAGAUGGAGCGUCAUACGUGGAUUACACAGGCAGAGCAAGAGCUGUGCCAUACUGUCUAUCUUCUUGCUCUCGCACGCCGCAUCUCACCAGCAGCCAUGAGCCACCUCCUGGCUCAUUUAUCGAAGAUGUCUCUCCCACCGCCCUCCGCCUCGUUGCCGGCAUGGCCCUUGUACCUUCUCACUAGCGCUAUGACUGUGUUAGACCCUACGCCCGAUGAGGCAGGGGCUUGGCUUGCGCAGCAAUCUGCCGGCGCCACUGUGUAUACCAGCGAGGUACUUCGCACCGAUGUGGCGUUCAUGAAAAGCGUAGCGCAGUCAUUAACUUCCGGUACGUGGACGACGCCUGGCUUGCAGCAUAUUCUCCAAGUCCAGUGGGCAUUGUUUGGCACCGAUGCUCUUUCCGCCCAAGCUGCUCUGGCUCCGUCGCUGAAUACAUCGAUGGAGGCUUUGCAAACUCUCGCUCACCAAGCCCUUACAGCAGAGGGUGAGGCGUCUGCUCUCGUCUUUACGAUCUUAGCGUGGCUUGGUUUCCGUCGUAGCCCAGAGGAGGAACUUGAGGAGCCUGCGCCCUUGAUUGAUCCAGAGUUCCAAGAGUACGUCUUGCAGCAGGCCGAGCAUUGGCUCUUGGGCCUUACCAAUAUCUUUUUGCCAUUGCUCCGCAAGAUGCAGCGCAGUGAAGAAGAGGCUGCUUUUGCGUCUACACGUACAGCGCGUGCCGGAUCUGCUGUGCCAGCGCGACGCUAUGAUAUCGAGGCGCUCUUUGAUGCGAUUGCGUUGCUCUGCCGCCACCGUCCGGAAUCGGGCCUCCCAUUUUGGCUCGGCGCAGACCGUCGUAUUUCCCGUUUCUUGCUGUGGGCGAUCGAUACACGCGAAACGGGUCAGCAGCGAGCCCUCUUUGCAAUGCUGGCAGCACUCUCGGAGGGCGAGCAGUGUGCGGCGUAUACCCAUGCCUUGUUAGAGCAUGACAGCAGUACUGGGAAUGACCGCAGCUUGGUGGCAUGGUCGCGUUUGUUUGAAUGGCUAGCCCACUAUAUUGAAGCCUUCCAGCGCCAUACCUCCGCUGUCAUGCCGCCCGAAGAAAUGGUGCUCCUACGUGGCUUUUUGCAUGUCCUGGCCAGCGUGGUACGCCAUAGUGUGACGACACGCGACGCUCUUUUCAUGCAUAAAGAGUACGCGCCAUUGGACCGCCUCUUUGGCCUUUACGCCUGUGCGGUGCCCAUGGAUCUGAAAGCAGCCCUGCUGGAAGCCUUGACAGCGUUUGCGGCUCACCGCGAUGGCGCUACCUCAGCCCGUGUCUUGCAGUCGCUGUGGGACCGGCUUGAGCAGACAGGGGCCAUCCGCCGCGUGCGUGGUGAAAUGCCACGGGCUGUCUACGAAUUGGAGCAGGUGGAAGCUGUGCAUGGCCGGUACCCAGGGACCUACCAACUGAUCACGUUCUUGCAGGCCGUUCUGCCGUAUGCGACGCCGGCUGCCCAGGCCGAAGCGCUUGUGGCGCAUAUGCAUGGCCAGGGCGCGCUCCCUGCGUCCCAUCCUUUCACGACCAGUGGCGCGGCUCCCUAUUUGGCGUUUGUGCUGGACGAUGUGUUUCUGCCUGCUGCCAAGCGCACAUAUGCACGCGCGACAGAGCGAUGGUCCUUAUCGGCCGCAUGCAUUGAGUUAAUGGAUGCGUGCCUGGCCUCGUUUGCGCUUGCGCCCAAGGAUGCGAAGGAGUCCUUGGCCAAACACCCAGGCUUUGAUGUGGUGCGUCGGCUGCUCAGCGGCAAGUCGUUGCUGCAAGAGCUGUUCUUCUUCUUGCAUCCCGAUCCUUCCUUGGCUGGGUAUGAAGUGAUCGAGCAGAAUCGUGCUCAGACGCCCGACUUUGCGCGUGCCGUGAAGGGUGUGAUGCGUAUUCUGCUACGCAUUUUGGAAAUCCAGCCACAUGUACUGCAAACGCUUCUUCCUGCGUGGAGCGAUGCAUUGGUAGGAGAGCGCUCUGCGUUUGUGCCGCUGGACCUGCACCUACUGCAAUCGCCGACCACUGUUGUGCAAGUGGCCUUGUACUUGCAGAGCACGGAUCCUGACUUGGCUUGGCUCGCUGUGCAGCUGCUGAAUGCCUUGGCUCGCACCGCCACGUUCCAAGCCACGGAUGCGUUUGGCCCACUGCGUGCACGCACCUCUAUGAAUCGCUUGGUUGGUAUUUUGGAAAUGACCGAGGAGGCGGCCCGCGUCACGAACGGCGCGCUUGCCUGGCUCGAGGCCGAGCCCGACGAUGAUAUGGACGUGCCUGUGUCCCGUGAUCCUCUUAGUACACGUGCUACGUCAGCGCGUGUCCAAGCUGCGCUUCUUGACCUACUCGCCACGCUGACACAGCCGCAUGUGCCAGCCCCCAAUCUGGCGCACUUGCUGCUGGGCUUUGAUAUGCAAGCCCCUGCGCAAGAUCGCCUGGUGGAUGGCACACGUGAUGCUAUGCUGCAGGCGAUUCGGACGCGCGUCGACCCGCCUGGUCGCUGGCCCGCGGUGCUGGCAGAGCGAUGCUAUGCGGUACUUCAUCACCUGUGUGUGCAUGCGUAUACCAGCGCAGCUACCUUGCGUUUCUUGCGCACGCAUGACUUUGUUACGCAUAUGCUUGAGCGAGUGGCACUACGUCCUGUGGCUGCGGAGGACGACCAUGUCCUCCCACCAGCCAAGGCAUGGACCUCUAUGUCGCUGAGCCGUCGAGGUACGUUGGUCUGGGCGUCUGGCGAUUCCAUGUCGGUAUCGGCGGAAGCGACCCUCGCGUGGAUGCAGUCGCUGGCACACAUUCUCUCUCUCACUGCACUGGAACUGCAUACCCUAGCAGCCCAUGGCCAACUGGCACGGGCAACACCGCUAUUGACGCUGCUUCUAGGCGAGCCUGCCAUGCAAGGCCGAGGGGCUCCGGCUGGUCGAUGGCUGCCAUGCCUCCAUGCUACGCAUGUGACGUGGGAUGACCCGACAUCGGCCCAUCCGCCACCGCAUGUGGCGCGUCUCGCGGCGGCGCAGGUGGAGGAUGCAGCGACGGGGCCUCGUAUUUACGAUAUUGGCGCUGUCGCUGCCCUCUUGCUGGAAGAACGUCGGCAGGUUAGUGGCCCUGUACCUCCUUCAUGGCUGGAGCAGGCGCAGCACACGUUGCUUUGGGCCGCCUCUCAAAACACCCGCCGGGCUAUUUCCCAAGCCCGUCGUGCAGCUCUUCAGGCAUGGCGCCAAGUCCUGGAUGUGCUGAUGAGUGAAUGCAUGAGCGCGCUGCGAGCGGAUGUACGUGUACCGCUUCUGCUGGAUGUUGUUACGGCUCUCCUUCCCCGCCUGGAUGACGAUCAGGAUGAUAUGGCUGUCCCAGAUAUGGCCGCAAGUGCGAUUUUGCAUGCGCUGCAUGCGGUUCGUCGCGAAGCCGAAGCCCCCAGUGAUCGCCUGAUUCCCCUCCUGCGUGCUCUUCUCGAUGUGAUCUGCCCAGGCUCAAGUGCACAAGCGCGUAGCGACUUGUACUUGAGCGUGGUAUGCACGACGCAGCUAGCGGCGAAGAACAGCACUGCGGCGCGUGCGACGCGGGUGCGCACGCUCCUGGCCACGCACGCGGAGCGCUUGAUUGAUACUGCAGCACGUGAUGCGCUGGAUGGCUCGGACGUGACACAGACGGUAGCACUUACCCUGCUCAUGCACUUGGCCUCGCUGGAUGAGGCGGCGCCUCGCUUGCAUGUGGGCCAGGUCCUGGCGCAGCGUGGGUAUCUGCCGAGCCUAGCGAUUCGCUUGCAGGAACUGGAUGCGCCCUUGCAGGCGACUCUGGCGCCGGAUCCACCGUCGCUGAAUGCACAAUAUGUGUAUGAGGCAUUGAUGGCGCUGCUGGGUCGUUUGGCGCAUAUUGAUGCGACGCACAUUAUCGAUGCGCGUAUCUUGGAUGUGCUGGCCCGUGUGGAUUUCCCCUCCAUGCGGCCUGAACACACGUGGGACGAAGCCGAGGGGUUCCUGCCGCCCGUCGCGGAGCGGUACGCGAGUCUUCUUGCGCCCCUCUUGCAACUGCUGGUGAGUGUGGUGACGCAAGCGCCCCAAGCCAAGGCCUCAGUCCAAGCUUUGUUGCUAGCCCAUCAGGAUGCUUGGCUGGCGGCCUUGCAUAGCCCUGUGCAGUCCUCGCCCAGUGUCGCCGACGUGGAGCAGGCGGCGUUGCUCGUGCACAUCCUUGCACAUGUCCAAGUCCCCGCGCCGUUCCAUACGGCGGUGCUGGCGUUGGCCGCCAUGUACCUGACGCCCGACGCAGCACAGGUACUUGUGCCGCAAACGCCCAGCGAGCGUGACGAUGUCUCGAUUCUUGCGCCGACACUCCAUGGAUUGGUACAAGUGGCUGGAGAAGCGCGACGUACACUGUUUGCGGAUACAGCCCAUGCAGCUGUGCUUCGAUUGGUGCGUGCGUUGGUUCAGUACUUGGAGCAAGCGAGCACUGCGACACACGAAACACGUGCCAUGCUCGUCCCUUCGCUGCACGUAGCGCGGAUCUCCGAGCAGGCCACCGCGUCGCGCAUGGUCGCUGCGCCCUCGCUUGGUACCGCUAUUGCUGCGCUCAAAGAGCAGCUGUCGUCCAUGUCGUCGACGCUGCAAAGCCUAGACCGAGUCGAUGGAGUGCGACGUGAUCCCUCCUCCGUGCAUGCUGAUGAAUGGGCGGACAUUGCUGCGGAGCAAGGCUGCGUUUCCACCUCGCCUCUCGAGUGCCGUAUGGUAGGCGAGCAGGCUGUGGAGCGUAUGGCGACGCAGCUCCAUGCUAUGGCCGACGCGCAGCUAGAUGUGGUCGAGCGUUUGCUGGUCUUGCUAGUACGCCACUUGGAUCUGUUUACGCGCCUGGGUCCCACGCGGACAUCGCUGGAUAGCCAAGCGCUACAGGCCGAGGUGCAUACGGUCCUUGCGCCGAUUCUUGACGAGCGCGCUGCGUACAUGACGGUACCUACGCACUUGCUGCCCGAUGCGGCAGAGCAUGCCACUUUCCUGCAUAUGAGUGCGCGACGCGUAUCGGAACUGCUCCUGGGGGCGACGUGA